CAGACGAUCAACUUCUGAAGCCCGUUCUCUAAAUCCAACACCUGUCUUUGAAAAAUAUUGCUUUCAUCUUGUCCUUUCCAUUUUGUUCAUAGCAUUGGAGAAGUUGAGCCAGACCAUCUCAAUGCCUAAGAGCAGCAAAGUGACCCAGCGGGAACAAAGCAAUGAACCUGUCACAGAAUCAGUGGCUGAUCUACUGGCCCUUGAAGAGCCUGUGGACUAUAGACACAGUGUCCUAAAUGUGGCUGGAGAAAACUGGAACAAACAGCAGCAGGAUGUGGAGGAGCCUGGUGAUGACAGGCCAGCAUGGAACAACAAGCUUCAGUACAUUUUGGCUCAGAUUGGCUACUCUGUGGGACUGGGCAAUGUCUGGCGGUUUCCAUAUUUGUGUCAAAAGAAUGGUGGAGGUGCCUACCUUGUUCCAUAUCUGGUACUGCUCAUCCUCAUUGGAAUCCCUCUGUUCUUCCUGGAGCUGGCUGUGGGCCAGAGAAUCCGCCGGGGCAGCAUAGGCGUGUGGAACUACGUCUGUCCCCGGUUGGGGGGCAUUGGAUUUGCCAGCUGCCUAGUCUGCUUGUUUGUUGGACUCUAUUACAAUGUGAUCAUAGGCUGGAGCAUCUUUUACUUUUUCAAAUCUUUCCAGUAUCCUCUGCCUUGGAGUGAGUGCCCUCUCUUAAGAAAUGGCUCAGUUGCAACUGUGGAACCAGAAUGUGACAAAAGCUCUGCUACAACCUAUUUCUGGUACCGUGAUGCCUUGGAUAUUUCUAAUUCCAUCUCAGAGGGUGGUGGGCUUAACUGGAGAAUGACCUUAUGCCUACUAGCGGCUUGGAGCUUUGUGUGCUUGGCCAUGAUCAAAGGAAUCCAGUCUUCUGGAAAGGUGAUGUAUUUCAGCUCACUCUUUCCUUAUGUGGUGUUGAUCUGCUUCCUGGUUCGGGGGUUGCUCCUGAGGGGAGCAGUAGAUGGCAUUGUGCAUAUGUUCACUCCCAAGCUUGAUAAAAUGCUGGAUCUCCAAGUUUGGCGUGAAGCAGCCACUCAAGUCUUCUUUGCCCUGGGCUUGGGCUUUGGUGGAGUUAUCGCUUUCUCCAGUUACAACAAACAGGACAACAAUUGCCACUUUGAUGCAGCUCUCGUCUCCCUCAUCAACUUUUUCACCUCUGUCUUGGCAACGCUGGUAGUCUUUGCUGUGCUGGGCUUCAAAGCCAAUGUCAUGAAUGAGAAAUGUGUAAUUGAGAAUGCUGAGAAGAUCCUGGGUUACCUGAACUCCAAUAUCCUGAGUCAUGCACUCAUUCCACCCCAAGUGAACUUCUCCCAUCUUACAGCCAAGGAUUACACCGAGAUGUAUGGUGUAAUAAAGACAGUAAAGAAGGAGCACUUCCAGAAGCUGGGGCUAGAUCCCUGUAUACUUGAAGAUGAGCUUGACAAGUCAGUGCAGGGGACUGGCCUCGCAUUCAUAGCUUUCACAGAAGCAAUGACCCACUUUCCAGCUUCUCCUUUCUGGUCAGUGAUGUUCUUCCUGAUGCUGAUAAACCUGGGUUUGGGGAGCAUGAUUGGGACCAUGGCUGGCAUCACCACACCCAUCAUUGACAUGUUCAAAGUGCGCAAGGAAAUAUUAACAGUUGGUUGUUGCAUUUUUGCUUUCUUUGUGGGGCUGAUCUUUGUGCAACGGUCGGGCAACUACUUUGUCAACAUGUUUGAUGAUUACUCUGCAACACUGCCACUCACUCUUGUAGUCAUCCUGGAGAACAUUGCGGUGGCUUGGAUUUACGGUACCAAGAAAUUCAUGCAAGAAUUAACUGAAAUGCUAGGUUUCCGUCCUUAUCGUUUCUACUUCUACACAUGGAAGUAUGUCUCACCCAUCUGCAUGGCUGGCCUAAUGACAGCCAGUGUAAUUCAGCUAGUGGUCACUCCACCAGGUUAUAAUGCCUGGAUCAGAGAAGAGGCUGCAGAGAAAUAUCUAUAUUAUCCAAAAUGGGCCAUGGGUGUUCUUGUCUCGCUGAUCAUAUUGGCUAUCCUUCCUCUGCCUGUAGUCUUCAUUCUCCGCCAAUUCCAUCUGGUAUCAGAUGGUUCCAAUGCGCUGUCUGUCACAUACAAGAAGGGGCGCAUGAUGAAGGACAUCUCUAACUUAGAAGACAAUGAUGAGACCCGCUUCAUCUUGAGUAAAGUACCCAGUGAAACUCCCUCCCCAAUGCCUACUCAUCGUUCUUACCUGGGCCCAGGGACGACAUCUCCAAUGGAGAUGAGCAGUGUUGCCAAUGGACGCUAUAGUGGUGGGUACCUUAUGGCUACCACACCUGAAUCUGAACUGUGACCAUCAACAAGCAACCCUCCCCUACUUGAUGGGUGAAGGAAAAGAGGCCCUAGAGAAGGAACCUGAGCUUUAGAAAUCCCUUCCCAGAAUUUACAGCAGUCAGGGGUCAGUUGAUGUUGAGUGGUUAUAAAAGCUGGGAAGGGAGGAAGCCUUUCCUGUCCAUCUUUGGGCAAAAUAUCAGAACCCACCUCAGUGAAUAAUAGUAAUAAGAUAUUGCAAUAAAUUUUAUGGGCAUAAGGACAGUUUUAGCCAAUUGGAACUGAAACACACAAAAUAUAACUCAUACUCAAGCAACCAGAGACUGGAAAGGGGAAAUAAAAAAGGCAACACCCAAAUGAAAGUUUUCUUGCUUCCCAGAAGCUCUCCCCUAUCCAUCCCUUUCCUCUAGUUGAGAGCGGAGUUCUUGUCUCAUUCAGCUUAGUAUAUCUAAGCGCCUCUAUUCAUAGCACAAGGAAGAUUUUACCAGACUACCUAUAGUUUUAAGCUCUGAUAAUAGCCAACUUGCACACUUGCUUUGGUGAACACUUCUAACAAGUCUGGGCCAAGAUACAUAUUAGAUUGACAGGACAUUACAAUGCCCAGUGAUGAGGGGGACCAAAACUGAUGGAGGACCAAAAAUUGUAAGGGAAUUGAGGUGAUAAUGUUUUAGUGCAGUUUGGAUAGAUAUGCUUGCUAAUAUUACUUGCAUUGUUCCUCUACCAAAGGACAGCUCAAGCAGUGGGGCAAGUUCAUAUAUGUGCCGUGUGUGUGGGAGAAUCAAGGAACUAUAUGUGUAGGACAGACUCUUUGCCAUCAGUGUAGUGUUUUUUGUUUGUUUGUUUAGAAUUCAUUGUGUCACUCCUGGUAUCACUUAUCUAGCUCUGAGCAGGCUUUGAACUUUGUAGGAUGAAAACUCUUCAGGAGCAGCUACUCUCUACUGCAGCCUUUUCUCAGCCCGGUGCCUUCCAGGUAUGUUCAGCCAAGCGGGGAUGGUGGGAGUUGCAUACUGGAGGGUUUCUGGUUGUGGAAUGCUGCUCUAGAGGCACACUGAGUGUAUGCAAGGGGCUUUCUGCAUUAUUAGCUUUGUGGAUAUUAAAAGCACAUGUUUUUAAAA